AAAAGGCGGCAAAACUUUUGUUUUGGUUCGGCCAAUUGCUAUUUACAUUUGCUUCACGCUUGGCAAUUAUUCGUGAAAAUGAGCAAGAAGUCGACGCGUGCGAGUAAACCAAAAGCGGAUCCGGAUGCGGAGGGCUCUGCCAAGAUGUCCAAGGCUUCGGCGCUUAAGAAGGUGUUGUUCAUGUCGCAGGAACUGCUGCCCAAGGAUGCGGACGACGGACACCUUCGGCUGGAGCGGUUUUUCCAUCCCGGACAUGGCAAGGAGGCACUGUUCAUGACCCAUCCCGAUGGCAGAAUCAUGGAGCUGGUGGAGUACACGGAACCACGUCGCAGUUGGCUCGUGAACAGCGAGGUCUGCUCCAAUGGCAGAAUCUACAUGACUGCGCCCGUGGAUUCCACGCUCCUAGCUCUCCAUCACCUCCGAAAACAUUGUGCGCAAAGAGCAAUGUCGCUGGACAACAUUGCCGUGGAGGAGGCCAGCACCAGUCGUCUGCUAAACGAGAUCCUCGACCCAGAGAAUCUUAAAUGCGUGGCGGAUGUGAAGAGCUCCGGCGAGCAAAAGUUCUACAAGUACAACCAAGAACGAACGUUGGCCUGGUUGGCUCUGAAGACGCGCCAGGUGGCGAAGAUCCUGAAGGAGAAGCAAGUCCACUGCGGGCACAGUGCGCAGUCGCAGAAUUUUGUGCGAAGCGAGAAACUGGCAGCGGAGAGCGUUAGCAACGAGAUGGACUACACGCGUAUGGCUUGCGAUAUUGUGGGACGAUACCUAGAUGCGGAUCUGCACGACCUGCUCACCAGUUACCUGCACAUUCCCAGCGAGAUUCAGGCGAUUGUUGAGGAGAAAGCAGCUGCCCAAAAGCGCAAAUCGAAGGCGGGCAAGGACGAGGGCAGCGAUUCCAAGAAGAUCAAGCUAAAUGACAGCGAUGCUGCUGCAAAGCUGAAGUCCAGCGGUCUGGUGGACAGCGAUGGCGAUCCCAAUGCCAGCAUCACCUCGCCCACAGCGGCGCCUCUUAAGGAGCGCUCGCUGACCGCCAAGGAGAAGGCCCUGGCAAAAGGAGCCAAGGGCACCAAGAGCAUCGCAUCGUUUUUCAAAGUAAAGUAGAUUAACGUUUCACAGAUCUUAGGAAUAGGUUUUUACUCCUAAUUUUAGCUGAUUAUAAUGCUUACCUUAUUUACUACAAAUUUGCACUUUUUUUUACAAUCAAUAAUAGUACUUUAAAGCACUUA